GUGAGUGAAAUCCACGAGCUGAGCGGCGGAUACCUCCGUGUGUACCUUCCCCUCGGUUGAUGUGUGUGCGCAGGGAUGGCUACUUCUGUGCAGGUUUCUCAGCACUCUUACCGGAGAGAAGGGAGGAGCAAACACGGAUUGGGUAAACCGAGUCAGGUGAUCUGUUGAGCUAUCCUCAUGCGGUUUAUUCAGGACGACCUGUACAAGGAUUACGUAAACAUGAUGAUGAAUAUAAUCAUUCUGUGCAUGAUCCUAUGCGUAUCCUUAUCCUUCUGGAUAAUAUCCAUUACGGCAAGUACAUACUACGGAACACUUCGGCCCAUCUCUCCUUGGCGGUGGCUGGUUUCUGUGGUCAUUCCAAUUGUCGUUACGUCCCAUGGGAUAAAAAAGAAGAGCUUGGAUAACAGUGGAGCCCUUGGAGCACUACUUGUCGGGUUCAUCCUCACUGUGGCCAAUUAUAGUUUUUUCUCAUCUUUAUUGGUUUUCUUUGUCACUUGCUCCAAGCUCACGAAAUGGAAGGGAGAAAUUAAGAAACGAUUUGACUCAGAGUAUAAAGAAGGUGGGCAGAGAAACUGGGUACAAGUGUUCUGUAAUGGUGGUGUCCCUGCAGAACUGGCUCUACUCUACAUGGUUGAAAAUGGCCCUGGUGAAAUACCGAUAGAUUUUUCCAAGGAGUACACUGCUUCCUGGAUGUGUUUGUCACUCCUAGGAGCCUUGGCAUGUUCAGCCGGAGAUACAUGGGCUUCUGAGAUAGCACCAGUGCUAAGUAAACAUUCUCCUCGAUUAAUAACAACCUGGAAGAAAGUUCCUGUCGGUACUAAUGGAGGUGUUACUCUAGUAGGCAUUAUUUCAAGCCUUCUUGGUGGCUUGAGUGUUGGUAUAGCCUAUUAUGUUACUCAGCUUCUUUUUGUGCAUGAUUUGGAUAUUGCAGCCCCGCAGUGGCCCAUUAUGAUAUAUGGUGCAAUGGCUGGACUGAUUGGUUCACUUAUAGACUCAUACCUGGGAGCAAUCAUGCAAUAUUCAGGCUAUGAUGAAAAAACCGGACAGGUUGUCAACCACCCAUCAAGUAGCUCAAAGCUGAUUUCUGGGAAACCAAUAUUGGACAAUAGUGCAGUGAACCUGUUCUCCUCCAUCUUCAUAGCUCUGCUGCUUCCUGGUGCUGCAUGGACUUUUUGGCCAAGGGUCUGAAACUGUAUUUGUUAACAUCAGCAUGAAACGGUGGAGAAAAAUCAGUCAUGAAUAUUUUUGUGUUAAGGUUGUGAGGGUAGAUGUUCAUUCCACAUAGUUCUAAAAAAGCCAGCCAAGCAGAUUAAAAAAAAAAAAAAAAAAAAAA